AUGUUAUUUAAUUUUUUAAUUGAUCUUGCUGUUUAUCUUCAUUUACAAUCAUCAUCUGGUUUAAUCAAUGGAUUUGAUACCGAACAUUUGUGUUAUUCAAGUUUAAAGAAGUUAUCAAUUUUUAAAAGCCGUACACAAUUGUAUACAUAUGCUAAGGAAUUAAUAUCUUUGUUGGAUAUGAAUGUUGGUAUAGUAGCUGAACGAGAUUUACAAGUAUGUUGUUUUCACAUUUGACAUUUCGAGAAUAUUUUGUUGCACAAUCUCUCGUAAGAGAUAAUAGCUCGAUCGAAAAUGUGACGAACCGUAUUCUAGCAUAUACAAUACAUUCAAGUUUUCGGGAACCACUUCUUUUUGCUCUUUCGUGGAUCAGCUGGAAAUGGAGAAACGAUGAUUAUGAUAAAUUUUGUAAUUUAUUUGUUUCCUCAAGUCAACAUUAUGCAAUUCCAUUUGGAACACUUGUCUUUUUUGAUGUUUUCGAUGAUCUACUAAGAUUACCAUCGAAUACGACUAUUUUCAAGGCACUUAAUAGUAUUCUUGAUCAUCCAUCUGAUGCACGAAUAACGACAUAUUUCAUACCGAAUUUAUUUAAAUUACAUAAAGAUAUUUUAAAGAAAUGGAUGCAAGUAGAUUUAAGAGAUGAACAACGUCUACUCAAGUUUUGUUAUUGUCUACAUACAGCAAAAGGCGAUGUUCAUGAUAAACCUCUCGACUUGAAAUCGAACUUGUCUGUUAUCUAUGAACAACUAUGGUCGUUGUAUAAUGCAAAGGCAUCGCUCACAUAUACUAUUGAUCAAACUUUAAGAAGAAUAGUAUCGUUAUUGAAAAAUUUUUCCAAUGAUAUUUUGCAUAAUCGACUGUCAUCAUCGGUUUUACCACAGAAGAGCAAGGUACCAAGAAAGUUGAUAUUUUACCGGAUAUAAUAAGCCGUAAGUGAUCUGUCAUAUCAUUGAUUAUUGAUUUUAUUACUCAUAAAGAUGAACUUCAAAUACUUUUCAAACGAUAUGAAAAUAUUCUCGAAAAUACUUUAUCUUCGGAUACUUCAAUUGAUAUUGUCGAUACAUUCAUUGCUUUACUCUGUAUACAAGGUCUUUCACAACCAUUGAUUUAUCAGAAAUAUUCCAAAUAUCAAGCAGGGUGUGGCUGCGGGUGUGCAUUUCGAUGUUACCAAGAAGAUUACUCGUACCCCACUCAAACCCACACCCACACCCACACCCCACACCCCACACCCCACACCCACACCCACACCCACACCCACACCCAUGCAUUUGCCUUCCUCUUUCUGACAGAUCGAACAUCGAUUUGAUUAUAAUCCUGAUACCAUGCCUAUUGAUACAAUACGAAUAUCAAUAUAUGACAAAGUAUGAAAUUCUCAUACAAAAACAUCAUCUUUCCUCUGUACUACGUCACACGCAGUGAUACUCAGUAAGAAGUUGUGAAUGAAAAUGAAAAGAAAAUGUCUAGUUAUACUUUCUGCGUGCGUACUCUUUCCCUUUUACUCGAGUUUAUAUCCACAACGAAAAUUGAUAUAUUUCAGUAUAUUUCUUUUUUUUCUCAUUCCUUCUCUAACACACUAUUCAAAGCACUUUAAGCAAUGUGUGCUGGUUCGUAAAUCGCAGAAAUGAAAAUUUCAGCAUCAACACACAAUGUACUCUUAUUAAAUGGCUCCACGUGACUUGCAGGUGAGGUAAGUGUUGCGAAUUCAUUUUCGUUUCUUCUAUAUUUCAGCGUAGAUUCACGAUAGAAUGACAGUCAUCCUUUUAAACAUAAAUGGCGAUAUUUUUUACGCAAUUUGUUUGUCAACUAAGUUAACUAUACAUAUUAGAUUGGUUUUGCAGAUAAAAACAGAAAUUUUUACUGAUCGAAGCCUUUUUCAGAGGCAUAAAUCUAAUUCUGUCUCAUAAUUUUUCUAAUCGAUAAAAAAUGAAUUUCAACUGAAGCAACAUGAAUAGAUAUCAUCUAUGCAAAAAAUCUGUCAAUCAUACUUGUUCAAGAAGAAUUUGCAUCAAUAUCUAACAAGCAGUGGACUACUGACGUAAACUUGCCUUGAGGGUUUUGGUGGGUGUGCGUGCUGGGUGCCCCCAUUUGAGUUUGAAUAUGUCAGUCACCCAACAGCCACCACUACGCCGACAUCUACACUCAUCCACACUCAUACUGAAUCACGUUUUUAAGGUGUCCAUCCAAUAGGGCUCGUUGAGAUCUAUGUGAGUUUAUGAAUAUCCUCUGUUGGUCGCAUUCAUAGGUGAAUCGGGACAGGUUUUUUGGAAAGGAUUUUUUUGACAGUAUUUCUAGUUAAUAUGUGUGAUUGUACA